AUGGAAGAGAAGAAAGGUAUUCUAUUGGAAGAUUUAGAAAUUGAUUUGGACCACAUCCCAAUAUCAAAUCAAGAUAAAACAAGCAUAAAUGACAAGCUAAGUAAAAUAAAAAUUCAAAGACAUGGUAGAAUUUUUGACAUACCAACUGAUGAUAUACAAAUUAUGGAAAUAUUAAAAAGAUUAGGUGUUGAGGGAACAUUACCAAAUGAAAAUGCUAGACUUAGAAGAGAGAGAUUAAUUGGAAUUAUAUCCGAUGAUUUGACAUUGUUCAAGAAGUUUGAGGGGCAUAUGAAGGAAUUAGAUACAACUAACGCAAAUAAUACUUUGAGUGAUGAUGAUGGCGAUGAAGAAGAAGAAGAAGAAUUUUAUACUGUUGCUGAUGAUGAUCUGAUAAAAGCGAGGAAAUUGAUUCUUCAAUAUUCGAUAACAAAUUCCAUGAAGAGAAUUAAACUAGAGAAAGAAUUAGCAAAUAACUUUAAUUGGAAAAAUGUUUUAGCUUCAAAAAGAAACUUAAAAACAGGAUUGAAACGAUAUGAAUUAACAGGAUCUCAAGUUAUAGCAGAAAGGCCUGUAUCAGUGGUCAAACUUGCUCCUCAAAGUAAAUUGCUUGCGUCAGGUAGUUGGGAUGGUGCAAUUUCAAUAGUAGAUAAUAUGAAUUUGGAAAGAAAAACACAUUUUCAAGCUGCGCAUGUGGGUAAGAUUGGUGGAAUUGAAUGGUCUAAUGAUGAAGCUUAUCUUUUUACUGGUGGAGAAGAUUGUUUGGUGAAAGUGUUUGGUUACGAAAAGAAUGACUUGACCUCAAUUGACACAUUAAAAGGACACCAAGGAAGAGUGUCAGAUGUUAAAUUACAUCCACUGGGGAAGUAUCUCGGCAGUUCAUCUUUCGAUAAUACUUGGAGGCUUUGGGACAUCGAAAAGAAAAAAGAAAUAUUGUUACAAGAAGGUCAUAGUAAAGAGAUUUUUAGUCUAGCAUUUCAUACAGAUGGUUCUCUAACAGCUACUGCAGGAUUUGAUUCAAUAGGAAUGAUUUGGGAUUUAAGGUCAGGUAAAAAUAUAAUGAAUUUAAUUGGACAUGCAAAACCUAUAUAUUCAUUGGAUUGGGCACCAAACGGUUACCAACUUGCUACGGGAAGUGGAGAUGGUACCAUAAAGAUCUGGGAUCUAAGGAAUAAAGAGUCAAACUGUGCCUCAAUAUUUGCUCAUAAGAAUCUAGUCACAAGUGUUCAAUAUGAAAAAAACAACGGUGGUUUCGUAUUUUCUGCUGGAUAUGACAAACUUAUAAAAAUACAUGAUUCUAAGACAUAUGAAUCUGUAGCGACUUUGGAAGGACAUACUGAGAAAAUAUUAACACUUGACACUUCACCAAUAUCAAACUUGAUCGUAUCCAGUGGAUGGGACAGAACUGUAAAAAUUUGGGAUAAUGAUAACAUAUAA